UUUUUGAUUGAAGAUGCUUUUUGUUUGAUUGAAUAAUAAAAACACAAAUUUACCUCCAUAGCAGACAAGACACAGAUCCCCACACUGAGACUGAGAGCUCAGCCUUGAAAUGACGCUUGGCCGCAGACUGCUCCUGGGUUCUGAGGUGACUGCAUCUAAAACAGUAAUUAAAGUAAACCUUUUUGUACUGUUUCAUGAUGGGAAAAGGCUCAAUAAUACUCACACAAAACAAAGCAUUGGUAAUAAUCUUUGUUCAAAAUCACAAUACAAGCAUGCAGGAAUCAAAUGCAUUUAUUGUAACUGGAGUUUUUCUGUAUCUUGAAGAAUCAAACAUUGAAAAUGUUGGAAAUACUGAGAGUCCUUAUAGAAAACAACCUACAUAAUUUACCUCCACAGAAGGGUAUACCCACCUGUGAUACCCACCUGUCAGAUUGAAAGGUAAAUCUAUUGGAGCUCCAUACAUUGUUGGGACAGCAGUGAACACCUCACCGACCUCUAAAUACAUGAGUUUAUUUAACACACACACAUGUUGCUGUUGUUGCAACAUUCUGCUCCAUUCUAUUAAACUUACCAAACGAGUGGUGGAUAACAGUUUCCAAGGAAACUACAACAAACAAGUGCAUUGUGGGAAAUGUAGUUAUCCAGUCUAGAUGAUAGUGACUUUAUCAGUUUAGUAGUUUGCGGGUUUUGUUAAGCACAUUUUAAAAACUAUGCUAUUUAAGUAUCCAGUAUUAGAGUGCUUUAAAAGAAUAAAAUACUCAAACUACAACUACUGUGCGUAACGAGUGAGACUUGCUGGUGUUGUGUCGAAAAAAAAUAACCCGUUCCGAAAAGUGUCUCUCCACCACUCUAUAGCAGACACAAUUAUGUAUCAUCUUUUUUAAUCGAGAGAGAGAAAGUUACAACUACAAAAUGUACACGAUUUACCACCAUCUGUCUGUCUAUUAUCACUGAGUAAAACGUUGCAUACCACGACGGGGUGUUUGUUUUUAUGGGAGGUGUGCUUUUGUUCGAUACAACACCCAGACGUUCAGACGUCCUUACAGUUUUCGGCUUUUAACCCAAUCAAAACUCGUCUUGUUUUAUGCGCGUCGAUACGUGCAGAGGGAUUGGUUGGUUCAAUCUGCAGCCCUUUUGAAAUCGUUCUGGCUCAACUUUCAGUCAGGACUGUUUUCAGUGUAGGUCGUUGCAAUGUUCAGUCCAAAGCGAGGCAAGACGACGCAGAUAUAAGAAUAGGAACUGUAUUUUUGAUUAUUUUGUGGUCGUUCCGUCCUCUUUCGUCCUCUUCUGUCAUUAUAGAAACAACUUGUUUAUCUUACGGUUACGUUUGUGUUUAAGAGUGACGGAGGUGUGUUGGCAAUGAAACGUUUGUCUUACCACAAGGAAGACGAGCUAACAGAGAGCACAUCUUCUUCCAGCAUGUCAUCAGCCUCCCUGCUCUCGGAUGAAGACUCUCCUGUCUUCCACCGCACAACUUCGGUCACAUUUGUGGAUAUUGAAACUGUGGCGUCUUCCUCAGUCGGGUCACCUGUGGUAGAGGUCAUGAAUACUCCCAAAUUUCAGUUGAGAAAAGUACAAAAAGAGUUGAUCAAGGAGAGGGAUAAUCGAGACACUUUGGAGAAGGAGCUGGCCAACACACGUGCACUUGUUGACCAGAAAGAAUUACGUAUCAAUCAGCUAGAGUAUAACACCAAUAAGCUGAAAGAAGAAAAAGGAAGCCAAGAGCAGAAUAUGAGAGAACAAAUCAAUGAGCUGGAGACCAAGAAUGACACUUUGCAAACCCGUCUUAAUGAGUUGUUAAAUCAAAACAAAGAGUUAAAGAACACCUCUGCACUUAUGGAGCGGAAAGUAGAUGAACUGACAGAAGAAAGUGGUACUCUGUCAUCUCAGCUGAGAGCGUUAUGUUCACAGCUGACCAUCUCUGAGGCAGAAGUUGUCAGAUUGACACAAACUCACACCUCUGCAGAGGAAGACUGGAAAAACGAAAGAAGUCGUCUGAAGUCUGAACUCAACCAGGCAACUGCACAAAAGGAGCUCCUGACAGAACAAAUUCAGAUCCUACAAGGAAAACUGUCCUGUUUAGAGGAUGAAAUGAAGAAGGCUACGAAGGAGGACGAAGGAGAAAACAUGGGUCCUGUAAUGGAGAGAAAACUGGAGACUGAAAUUUCUAGUCUGAGGAAGGAGCUUGAUUCCACACUUUGCUCUCUGUCAAAGGUAGAAGACGACAUUCAGACCAAAAACCAGAAAAUGUCUGACUUCCAACAAGAAAUCAAUACACUACAACAGCACAUUGCUGUCUGCGAACAAGAAAUGGUGACACUACAGGAGGCAAAGAAAGAGACUGAAGAUCUUCUAAAUAAUGAGAUCCAAAUUCUCAAAGAUCAAGUUCAGUGUUUGAGUGAAUCCCUGCAGACUGCAACAGAUCAGGUUCAGGCUAAAGAAAACCUGCUGGUUCAGAAAGAAAUGGUAUUUUCUCAGGAAAAGAACUCAUUUCAAAAUACAAUCACAACCUCUGAGGAGGAAAUCAGACAACUUAAAGAAGAGAUCCAGACUGCAAAGAAUCAACUGGCUUCCCUGAAAGAAGAGAGCUCCAUUCACUCGAGACUGACUGCAGAGAUCAGUGCUAAAGAUGAGCAGCUGGUUCAGCUGAGGUCUGAGACCACUGCACACUCUGAGGUGCUGCAGCAGGAGAUUGAAGCUCUAAACUUUCAGAUAAAAAACAUCUCUAACUCCCUCGAGACUGCUGAGAACCAGGUUAAAACCAAAGAGGAUCUGAUGGUCAAACGGGAAGAGGAGA